AUAAAAGCUGAAGAUUUUCCUUAAAAAUCAGUCUAACCCUCGUCUUCUCUACUAGAUAGACCAUCAAACAAUCAACCGGAAAUGCCGAAGUCGAAGAGUCAGAAGAACAAGCUUCGCCCUCGUGACUCAAAAGGGCGUUUCACUCCGCUUGCCAAGGCAAAGAGAACCGUCGUGAGCCGUUCCCGCUCCAGAUCCAGAAGCGCUUCUCGUGGAGCUCGUCAAAGCCGUAGCGUUGGAAGACCAAUGAGUCGCAGAAACUCAGUCCGCUCGAUCUCAACCCACACUGCCAAAUCGCCGAGUUUGGUUCUCGUCAUCAGCGGCUCUCCAUCACCUCGUCGUCGUCGUCCGUCAACCCGCCGUUCGUCGUCUCGUCGCUCGGUUGUGAGAAGCGUCUCCCGUGGAUCCAAGGGCCGUCGUUCAUCUUCUCGUGGAUCGGUGUAUGGACGCACAGGACGCUCUCGUUCGUCCAAGCGUUCUCGCUCCAGAAGCCGCCCAAGGACUCGCUCAGGAUCCCGCUCUUCAUCACGCUCUCGUUCCGGCUCCCGCAGAAGCUCCCGCCGCCGCUCUCGUCAUCGCUCAUCUUCGAAGGCUCGUGGACGUCGUGCGUCGACUGCAAAGAAGACUCCUGCCAAAAGACGUAGCCGCAGCAGAAGCCAGCAGAAGGUGAAACGCUCGAUGAGCCGCAAAGGUUGAACGGAUUGAGAUGGAACUGAAUAACUUGUGAAAAGAAAAUAAAUGUAUUGUGUGAUGUG